AUGCCACCUAGAAUUUCCCGAGCUUUAUUUCAGUAUAUCGGGCAGAAAAACGUGGACAUCCUGUUCAAAAAUGAAUCAGCAUCUCGGUCUGGUUCGCUGAAACAUCGUUACGCGUGGUCGCUCAUCAUGUGGGCUUUGGUAGAAGGUCAUGUGAAAGAAGGAACGCCAGUAUUCGAAGCGUCCUCAGGGAACACUGCCGCUUCUCUCGCCUAUAUGUGCAAUAUUCUAAACGUGCCCUUCACAGCUAUUGUGCCUGACACUAUCGAAGAAAUCAAAGUGAAACAUAUCAAAGAGUAUGGUGGAGAAGUUGUUAAAGUGCCCUCUUCUAGGUUAAUUCAUGCGCGAUCGCUAGCAGAGAAGAACGGUGGAUUCUUUAUGAACCAAUUCGGUAACGCUGAUAAGGCAGAGGAGUUCCAUGAGAGUAGGUCCAGGACCACAGCAGACUUGAAGUCUGCAAAUCUCUUCCACGAAAUUAUUGUACAACUUGAAUCCGACUCUCUAACUUUCCGUCAUUUUACAGGUGGAACAAUAUCGUCUGUUGGCCGAUAUGUGAAAAAAUACGGCAUCAAUACCGAAGUUGUUCUGGCUGAUACGCAGUUUUCUAUCUAUUACGAUUAUGUCAUGUAUGGAAGAUUUAAAAACGAAUCUGGAGCUGGCCUCUGGGUAGAACCAGGUAUGGCUGGAAUAGGCUACGGGCCAAUGGGAGUGGCUCGCAGAGGGGAGACAACGAGCAUGGAUGCCGCCGUUAUUGACCGAGUUGUGAAAGUACCCGAUGUGGCAGCCACUGCUGCAAUGCGGAUACUUCGUGAGCAGGUUGGAAUUUCGAGGGGGUCACUGUUUCUAAAGAGCCUUGCUAUCCAUGGCAACCUCACCAUACUUAAUAUUACUCCGCAAACAUCUCGAUUAGUUAUCGCUACUUUGCUAGCGGAUCCUGGACAUUACUAUGAUACCACGUACUAUAAUAGGGAAUGGAUUGCACGGAAGUUUGCACGACAUGGAGGAUUAGAGGCUUACGACUGUUGGUACACUGUGAUCUCAGAGUGUCUCUCUUCGGGUGAUGAUCCAUUGCUGCUAGGGUACGAUCGCUGUCCUAAUGGAUUACUUUCUUAG